AUGCGGAUCGUGCCAGAGUGCUUGACGGCGCUGGAGGUGCUCGACGCGAGCUCCUGCCCGGAGCUGGAUGCCCGUUCGCUCCUGCAGCACGGCAUGCGAGGCACGUUGCGUGUGCUCAAGGUCCGCCGCACGAAGCUGCAGACGGUGCCAACAGGCCUGACGGUGCUAGAGGAGCUCGACGUGCAGUGCUGUCACUCGCUGGACGUCGGCUCGCUGCGCAACGCUGCCACGGUGCGCGUGCUCAAGGUGAACAGCGCCGAGCUGCGGAGGGUGCCAGAGGAGCUGACGGCGCUGGAGGAGCUGGACCUGAGCGGCUUUCGCAAGGAUAUUGCGGUGGGCUUCUUGCCUGAGGCGAUCUGUGCGAGGCUGAGGGUGCUCCGUGCCCCCGACAGCAGAGUGCGCAAGAUCCCGCAGGACAUGAUUGCGCUCAAGGAGCUGGACUUGAGCGAGUGCCAUCACUUGCAGGUCGAUUUCCUCCCGCCAUCGAGCGCCGCGGGGGUCAGGGUGCUGCGUGCGAGCAGGAGCAACGUGCACACGCUCCCCGACAACAUGGUGGCGCUGGAGGAGGUCGACCUGACGUACUGCCAGAGCCUGGACGUCGAGAACUUCCUUCCCGCAGCGAUCAUCGCGGGGAUCAGGAAGCUGCGUGCGGACGCGAACACGCCACCAGAGUGGGAUCCUGACGAAGUUUUAUUUAUUUGA